AUGUCCUCUGACAUGACGACUAAGACUGGUCAGCCACUCGACAGACAGACACUGGACAAUUUGCUACGACGGCGUCUUUUCUAUACUCCUUCCUUCGAAGUUUACGGCGGCGUCUCCGGCCUUUAUGACUACGGCCCACCUGGCUGCUCAUUACAAGCAAAUAUCCUAGAUACAUGGAGAAAACAUUUCGUCCUGGAGGAGGAUAUGCUGGAAGUCGACUGUAGUAUGCUUACGCCUAGUGAAGUCCUCAAGACUAGCGGUCACGUCGACAAAUUCGCAGACUGGAUGUGCAAAGAUCCAAAAACAGGGGAGAUCUUCAGGGCAGAUCACUUGGUAGAAGAAGUACUCGAAGCGAGAUUGACAGGUAAUAAAAAGGCUCGUGGUGAAGAAGUAGUUGUCGACGAGGCGAAAGAAGCUCAGAAGAAAAAGAAGAAAGCGAAAGACGCCGGCGCAAUAAGACUUGAUGAUGCUGUGGUACAAGAGUACGAAGAGACGCUUGCGAAGAUUGACAACUUUGGUGGGGAGGAAUUGGGCGCUCUCAUCCUCACGCAUAAGAUAAAGAAUCCUACAACUGGUGGUGAUGUACUGCCUCCGGUCGCCUUCAACCUCAUGUUUCAAACAUCCAUUGGCCCAAGCAGCAAUCUCCCGGGCUACCUACGACCGGAAACCGCUCAAGGUCAAUUUCUCACUUUUCAAAAGCUCUUAGAUUUCAAUCAACAAUCCAUGCCUUUCGCUUCUGCCUGCAUCGGUAAGUCGUUUAGAAACGAGAUUUCGCCCAGGGCCGGUCUCCUCCGGGUACGAGAAUUUAUGAUGGCAGAGAUUGAGCACUUUGUGGAUCCUGAAGGAGGCAAGAAGCAUCCCAGGUUUGACGAAGUUAAAAAUGUAAAGCUCGGAUUGCUCAACAGAGACGUGCAAUUAUCAGGCAGCACAGAACUCACGCACAUGACCAUGGGCGAGGCUGUCUCAACCGGCAUUGUUGACAACGAAACUCUUGGCUAUUUUGUGGUGAGAAUCUGUCUUUUCUUGUUACGAAUCGGCGCGGAUCCAAAGAAGAUACGAUUUAGGCAACAUAUGAAAAAUGAAAUGGCGCAUUAUGCUUCCGACUGCUGGGAUGCUGAACUUUUCACGAGUUAUGGUUGGAUAGAAUGUGUCGGCUGUGCGGACAGAAGUGCAUACGAUCUCACAGUUCAUGCGAAGAAAACCGGUGCUCCAUUAUGCGUGAGAGAAACGAGGAAAGAACCGCUCACAAUCGAGGAAUGGGUGGUUGACAUAGACAAGAAGAAGUUCGGUCCUAAGUUCAAGAAAGACGGCAAAGCUGUUGAAGCAGCAGUAGAAUCAUUAUCGCAAGACGUACGCGAGAAGCUUUCUCUUGACCUCGAGGAGAAUGGUAAGAUUGAGGUCGAUGUGCCCGAUGUUGGUGGUGGAAAAGCAGAAAUCGAUAAAGAUCUGGUUAAAAUCGAGCGGAGAACAAGGGUCGAGAAUGUCAGAGAGUAUACGCCGAAUGUCAUCGAGCCAGCGUUCGGUAUUGGUAGGAUACUUUAUACUGUCAUGGAGCAUGUUUAUUGGUCGAGGGAAGGCAGUGAAGAGCGAGGAGUUCUCUCCUUCCCGCCCCCAGUGGCUCCAACCAAAGUCCUUCUCGUGCCUCUCUCUUCCCACUCGGAUUUCAAGCCCCUAGUCCGACGCCUUGGCCAGAAACUCCGACAACUCGGCAUCACUAACCGCGUUGACGAUUCCACUGCAAGCAUCGGUAAACGAUAUUCCCGGAAUGACGAGCUCGGCACGCCCUUAGGCAUCACGGUGGACUUUCAGUCUGUCAAAGAUGAAACAUUCACACUGAGAGACAGAGACAGCACGAAACAGGUCAGAGCAGACGAAGACAGGAUUUGCAAUGCUGUCCAGAGCCUGGUGCAGGGCGAAAGCACGUGGAAGGAUAUCGCGAACGAAUUGCCAGAAUUUACGCAACAGGACGUGGACUGA